CCCAGCGCUUUGGAUGCUGGGAAGAAAGGUACCCGAUUGUUUUGGGGGUGGUUUCGGCCGUUUGAGUGAAUUUGAACUUUUGAAUUUGAUAGCAAUUUAUUAUUUUUGCUUCAUUUCUGUCGGAGGAAGUGAACGAUUUGAAAGUUUGGAAUUAUGGAGCAUGUGCAUUUGACAGCACUAGAGGAGGAGGACCUAUACUCAGGAUAUAAUGACUACAACCCAACCUAUGAUACAGAGGAACUAGAGAAUGAUGUGGCUUUUCAACAAGCUUUGAGGACUAGCCAUGGAAGAAGACCACCAAUGACUGCGAAAAUACCAAGCACUGGAGCAGUUGUACGUUCCUUUGGGAAUAUGGGGGCAAGAGUGCCUUUGGCCUCUUCAGUGGGAAGGCCUGCAACGGGAGCUAUUCAGGAUGGAAUCACAGUUGCUAGACCUAUGACAGCAGUACGUGCAGCUGGCUAUUCUUCUGCAGCUUACAGAGGCACUACAUUUGAUCCACUGGGGCAAUCAAGAGGUCCGGCUCCACCCCUUGAAACAAAGAACGAAGAUACGCCAGAGGAAAAAGUUAAGAAUUUAGAGAAGACUGUGAAUGAAUUGAUUGAAGAAAGUUGCAUUGCCAAUAGAUGUGGUGACCUACAAUUGGCCCUGGAAAAAGCAAAGGAAGCGGGGAGAAAGGAAAGGAUACUGGUGAGACAAAGAGAGCAAACAGCAUCUUCAGAUCAUAUCAAUCUGGAUCUUACUUACUCAGUACUUUUCAAUUUAGCCAGCCAAUAUGCAGCCAAUGAUAUGUAUGCAGAAGCUUUAAAUACCUACCAAGUGAUAGUGAAAAACAAAAUGUUCAAUAAUGCAGGUCGGUUAAAGGUAAACAUGGCAAAUAUUUACUUCAAGCAGAGAAAUUAUCCUAAAGCAAUAAAAUUUUAUCGGAUGGCAUUGGAUCAGAUAUCAAGUUCCCAUAAAGAGAUGAGGAUUAAAAUAAUGCAGAACAUUGGUGUUGUAUUUGUCAAAAUGGGACAGUACUCUGAUGCUAUCACCUCCUUUGAGCAUAUCAUGAGUGAAAGCCCAAAUUUAAAAACCAGCUUUAAUCUCAUUCUAUGUUACUUUGCCAUUGGUGAUCGUGAAAAGAUGAAGAAAGCAUUCCAGAAACUUAUUGUGGUCCCACUUGGUAUUGAUGAAGAUGACAAAUACAUUCCACCUAAUGAUGAUCCACAUAUGAAUCUGGUGAUUGAAGCCAUCAAGAAUGAUCCACUCAGACAAAUGGAGCGAGAGCGGAAAGCAAUGGCAGAGAGAUUUAUAAUGACAGCAGCUAAGUUGAUAGCACCAGCAAUUGAAGCAUCAUUUGCAUCUGGAUAUGACUGGUGUGUGGAAAUGGUGAAGGCUUCCCAAUAUGUUGAACUAGCUAAUGACCUGGAAAUUAACAAAGCUAUUACUUACCUGCGACAGAGGGAUUUUAACCAGGCUGUAGAAACCCUGAAAAUGUUUGAGAAGAAGGAUAGCAGGGUUAAGAGCGCAGCUGCAACAAAUCUCUCUUUCCUUUACUUUUUGGAAAAUGAUUUUGGACUUGCAGACCGGUAUGCUGACCUUGCUAUGAGUGCUGAUCGAUAUAAUCCAGCAGCACUGACAAAUAAAGGAAACUGUGUCUUUGUUCGAGGCGACUAUGAGAAAGCAGCUGAAUUUUAUAAGGAAGCUUUACGGAAUGAUUCCUCUUUUACUGAGGCACUCUAUAACUUGGGUCUUACUUACAAGAAGUUGAAUAGACUGGAGGAAGCUUUGGAUUGUUUCUUGAAGCUCCAUGCAAUCAUGAGGAACAGUGCUCAAGUUAUGUACCAGAUUGCAAACCUAUAUGAAAUGUUGGAAGAUCUGACUCAAGCUAUUGAGUGGCUCAUGCAGUUGAUUAGCGUUUCCCCCACUGACCCACAGGCACUGGCUAAAUUAGGGGACCUGUAUGACAAUGAAGGAGACAAGUCCCAGGCUUUCCAAUAUUAUUAUGAGUCAUUUAGGUAUUUUCCAUCAAACAUUGAGGGCAUUGAAUGGCUUGGAGCCUACUACAUUGACACACAGUUCUGUGAAAAAGCGAUUCAGUACUUUGAAAGGGCAGCACUUAUCCAACCUACUCAAGUCAAAUGGCAAUUAAUGGUGGCUAGCUGUUAUCGGAGAAGUGGUAACUAUCAAAAGGCAUUGGAAACCUACAAAGACAUUCAUCAGAAAUUUCCUGAAAAUGCUGAAUGUUUGCGCUUUCUAGUUCGCCUUUGUACCGAUAUGGGACUGAAAGAAGUUCAGGAAUAUGCCACGAGACUAAAGAAAGUUGAAAAGAUGAAAGAGUUAAAAGAACAGCGUGUGAAGUCUGGCAGAGAUAGCAGCGCACGUGGUCGCAGAGAAGGAAGCGCUGGUAGCGAAAAUGGUCAAAGUAGCUAUGUUACCAGUGCUAAAGGAGAACGGAUGAGUGCAAAGUUGAAGUCAUUGCCUGGAGUUAAUGAUCCCUAUGAAACAAGCAACAAUAAAGAUAUAGAUGCUUCAUAUGUGGAUCCGCUUGGGCCACAAAUAGAACGACCCAGAACUGCAGCUCGAAAACGGGUUGAAGAAGAUGAAUUUGCAGAUGAAGAACUUGGAGAUGAUUUGUUACCAGAGUAAUAACUGCACCCACUCGGGUCAAAAAAAUCCAAAGAAAUGUCACUUUCAUAGAUGACAUACAAUAUUCUUGCUUUGAUAAUGUACAUAUUAAAUGUACUUAUUCUAUACUUGUCACGAUUAUAGUUGCUUUAAUGUGCUUGCUAAUACAUUUUAUUACAUUUGUAAUUAACUAUUAAGUUCCUUGUAAAUAUAAAACUUGUAUAUUUUUGAUAUUUUAAUAUUUGUGAUAUAAUGUUAAGGCAAUGGUAGUUGUAUAAUUCUUCGCAAUGCAUGUUCCAUGAUAGGCUAAUAUCUCUAGUUGUAAUUAUAUUUGAAUAUCAGUGAUUAACUAUUUAAUAUUUCAUUUAUAGACAAGGAAAAUACAUAUUUAGGAUUGAAGGCAUGUCAACAUUUUAUUUACUUCUGUGCCAGUGUAAUUAAAUUUUUGUACUAUUUCUGAACAUUACUUUCUUAUUAAACAUAAAAUCAAAACUGAUGCAUGUAACUGUAGUUUUGUAAAUAAGCCAAAGCACUCACUGACAUUACCAGACUUGCCUUCUAUACAAUAAACUCUAACUAUUUGGGACGGUGCGGUGGAUCAGUGGUUAGUACUGCUGCCUCACAGUACCGAUUCCGCCCUCAGGCGACUGUCUGUGUGGAGUUUGCACAUUUUUCCCAUGUCUGCAUGGGUUUCCUCUGGGUGCUCCAGUUUCCUCCCACAGUCCAAAGAUGUGCAGGCUAGGUGGAUUGGCCAUGCUAAAUUGCCCAUAGUGUUCAGGGAUGUGUAGAUUAGGUGGGUUAUGUGGGAUGAGUCUGGGUGGGAUGCUCUGACGGUCAGUGUGGACUUGUUGGGCCGAAGGGCCUGUUUCCACACUGUCAGGAUUCUAUGAUCUGUGAUCUAUUCUAGUAGCUCAGAAUAUCAACAACUAUGGAUUGUUGCAGACUUCAUUGAUGAAGGAGAAUUGUGACAAUACUAGGCUUUAAGAGGAAUUUUUGUCCUGGUUUUUUAUGAAGAAAGGCUGCGACAGAUGUCCCAAACAGAAACAGCCUGAAUCGAAAGAAUGGCCCUAGCAGAAGGAAGGCCGAAAAAGAGAGUUUUUGAACUGGUUGGAAGAGGUUGGAACUGAAAGUCGAGUUAAAAUGGCAGAAGUAAAGGUGAAAGAUAGGAGUAGUGAUGAGGACAGUGAUGUAAAGCAGUCCCUUCAUUGCCAAAGGCAUGGUGGGGAUCAGUUUAAAUUUAGGAAUUUCUAGGAAUUCCUAAAAGCCUGGCCCUCCACGAAACAUGCUAUUAAUAAAAACAUUGAACUCAACCCCAUAUACAUUCCACUACGAAGGAAAACCAGAAGUGAGGCAGUCCAUCUCAACGGACUCCAGAGUUUAGAAACCAGGUGGGAAAACACACCGACGCUUCAUCAGAGGCUGCACUGAGGAUGUUACCAAGCAUGGUAACGAAACGUCUGCGAAACAAGAAACCAGCUCGGCGAGCCAACCAACCUCAACACCCACAACCCGAGCUACAAAUCUACUCCAAAACCAUAGGUUUGUAUUUCCUGAAAUUUAGCAGACCAAGGUGACAAUUUGAUUAUAACAUACAAGAUCCUGAGGUGAUAUGACAUGGUGGAACUCCAAAGGACAUUCUUUUUGUUCGAUAAUUUAAAACUUGGAAUCAAGUUUAAAAAUAAGGGGUUUCUCAUUUAAGACAGAGAUGAGGAGAAAUCCUUUUCACAGAAUCACACAAGUAUGAUGACGCAGAAGCUAGACAUUUGGUCCAUUGUGUCUGCACUGGCACACCAAAUGUGCAUCCUGGUUUAGUGCCAAUCUCCUGCGUUUUCUUACCUUUACACAUUUUUCCAUUUAAAUAAUCAUCCAAUUCAAAGCUUCAAUUGAACUUGCCUUCACCACACUUACAGGCAUUGCACUCCAGACCUGAGCUACUUGUAUGCAAAGGAUUUUUUUUCUCACCUCACAUUUGCUUCUUUUUCAAAUUGCUUUAAAUCUGUGCCCCCUCGUGAUUUUGAAAAGUUCUGUUAGAUCUCCUCUUAGCCUUCUUUUCUCCCAGGAGAAUAGUCCCAAACUCUCUAAUCUCUCCUUAUAACUGAAGUUUCUCAUCUCUGGAACCAUUCUUGUAAAUCUCUUCUGCACCCUGUCUGAUGCAUUCAAAUCCUUCCUAUAGUGUGGCAUCCAGAACUAUACACAGUACUCUAGCUGAAAUCUUAUACAAAUUUAGCAUCACCUCCUUGCUCUUGUACUCUAUGCCCCUAGUAAUAAAGGCCAGGAUACUGUAUGCUUUAUUAACUGCUGUCUUCACCUGUGCUGCCAUCUUCAAUGCUCAAUGCACAUACACACCCAGAUCGUUCUGCUCCUGCACCCCCUUUAGAAUUGUACAUUUUAUGUUAUAUUCUCUGUCCAUGUUCUUUCAACCAAAAUACAUCACUGCACACUUCUCUGCAUUAAAUCCUAUGUAUCACUUUUCUGCCCAUUCCACCAACUUGUCUAUGUACUUUGGAGUUCUACAGUGUCCUCUUCAUAGUUUACAAUGCUUCCAAGUUUCAUGUUGUUUGCAAACUUUGAAAUUGUCCCUGCAUUUUAAUAUAUAUCUGAGAAGCAACAGUGCCAAUACCAAACCCCAGGGAACUUCACUACAAACAUUCCUCCAGCCUGCAAAAUUUCAUUGACCAUUAUUCUGUUUUCUAUCACUCAGCCAAUCAUAUAUCAACAUUGUUGCUAUCCCUUUUAUUCUAUGAGCUAUAAUCUUUCUCACAUGUCCGUUAUGUGAUAUUGGACAGAAUGUCUUGUGGAAGUCCAUAUUCACCACAUCAACAGCAUUACCCUCAUGAAAUUUUCUGUUAUCUCUUCAAAUAAAAAAUCUCCAGCAAGUCAGUUAAACACAAUUUCCAUUAGAGAAAUCCAUACUGAUUCUUCCUAAUCAGCCCUUUUUUUCGCAUGACUACAGAUUUGAUCCUGAUUCACUGUUUUCAGAAGUUUCCCCUUCUCUGAAGUUAAAUUGAUUGGUCUGUAGUUGCUGAACUUAUCCUUGUAAACUAUUUUUUGAACAAGGGUGUAAUGUUUGCAAUUCUCUAGUAUUCUGGCACCUCUGAGUCUGGGGAAGACUGAAAGAUUAUGGCCAGUCCCCAUGAAAUUUAUGCUCUAUCUUAUAACGUUAUCCUUGAAUGGAUCUCAUCCUGGUGUCUUAAGUACCAAAAUCUAUUCAAGAUUUCCUCAUUAUCAAUUUUGAAUGCUUCAAGUGAUAAACUUUCCUCCUGUCACCAUGAGUAGUGAUACCAUCUACCUUCUUGGUAAUGCCAAUAUUCAUUUGAUACCUCAGCUAUGUCAUCUAUCUCAUAGAACAUAGAACAGUACAGGCCCUUCGGCCCACAAUGCUGUGCCGAACUUUUACCCUAAACCUAAGGUCUAUCUAACCUCCACCCCUACCUUAUACUAUCAUCCAUAUGUUUAUCUAAUAGCCGCUUAAAUGUCCCUAAUGAGGCCGACUCCACUACCCUCUCUGGCAAUGCAUUCCACACCCCUACCACUCUCUUGAGUAAAGAACCUACCUCUGACAUCUUCCCUAUAUCUACCUCCACUCACUUUAAAACUAUGCCCCCUCGUAAUAGGAAAAAGUCUCUGGCUGUCCACUCUAUCUAUACCUCUGAUCAUUUUGUACACCUCUAUCAAGUCACCUCUCAUCCUUCGACAUUCUAAAGAGAAAAGCCCUCGCUCUCUCAACCUUUCCUCGUAAGACCUUCCCCCCAUUCCAGGCAACGUCCUGGUAAAUCUCCUCUGCACCUUUUCCAACACUUACACAUCUUUCCUGUCUCCAUGUGUAAAUCCCCCACCUUGGUGUUUAAUCAGCCAUAAUCCUCUUUUUUACACAUUUAUUUAAUGGUCUUUACAGAACUUUGGGACUCCCUUUUAUAUUAGCUGCUUGUCUUUUCUCAUAAUUCCUCUUUAUUUCUCAAAUAUGUCUUUUUACUUCAUCUCAAACCUUCUGUAUUCCUUUGGUUUUCAAUCGUAUUUUCUAUCUGACACCUGUCAUAAGCACACUUUUUCUUUUUUACCUUAAUAUCUAUCUCCUUUUGUUAUUAACGGAGGUUUGGAUUUGUUACCUUACACUUAUGAGAGAAUAUACCUUGACUAUACCUGAACUAUCUCCUCUUUGAAGGUAGUCCAUUGCUCGUUUACAGUGUCUCUUGCCUUUCAUUCCUAACUGUCUUGCACAGAUCCAUUCAUACCCCAUUGAAGUCAGCUCUCCACAACUGAUUUUUCUUACUCUGAAUUGACCAUUGUCACUCUACUCAAUCAUUCUAAGCCUUAUGUUACAACUAUCAUUAUCUCCUAACUGUUGCCCCACUGACACUCAAUCCACUUUUCCCAUCUCAUUUCCAAGAACUAGAACCAUGAGUGCAUUCUUUCUUGUUGGACUGCACACAUUAAUCCACUUUUCCCAUCUCAUUUCCAAGAACUAGAACCAUGAGUGCAUUCUUUCUUGUUGGACUGCACACAUUCUGCUGUUGGAAGUUCUACUGAAAGCAGUACAAUAACACUCGCCCGUAACACUAAAAAUAUCCCAGUCUAUAUUUGUGUAUUUGAAGGCCCCAUUAUAGAUCUCUAUAAUUUCCCUGCAGAUUUGACCCUCUACAUCCUUCCUAAUAGUUGGCCCUCUACGGUAACAAUGUAAUUUCACCUUUUUGUUUCUUAGCUCUAGCUAAAUUGAUUCUGUCUUUGAAUCCUCUGAGACCUCCUCUUUCUCCAGCACAGCAAUAUUUUUUUUCACCAAUAAUUCCACCCCACCUUCUUUGAACACCUUGUAUCUGAGAACAUUUAACAGUCUGCCCUCCUUGAGCAUCUUUGCUGUUCUUGCCAUAUAUUUCCAUACAUCAGCUUGCACCUGUAACUCCUGAAUCUUAUUUACCAUACCUAUGUGAAUUUGUGUGUAUACGCAAUAACCCUGAUUUAAUCUUCACUACUUCCUCCGACUGCCAAUUAACUUACUGUUGUUUAUUCCAGUGCUAUGUGUCUCCAAAUAUUUGUGAACCCCAGUAUUCUUGUCUGAUGUUCUCUCUUGGUUCCUGCACCGCUGCCAAGCUUGUUUAAAGCCUUCCCAACAGCACUUGCGAAAUAGCUUGUAAGGAACUCAGUCCCAGCUCAGUUCAUUUCCAACCCAUUCUGCUUGUACUAGUGUUACCGCCCCCAGUGCCAGUUCCAGUUUUUCAGGACUCUAAAGCUGUCCUUCCAGGGUCAUCUUUUCAUCCGCCUUAUCUUUCUAUUUCUGCACUCACUUGCACAGAGCACUGGCUGUAAUCUGGCAACUGCUCCAUUUGAGAUCCUGUUUGCUAACUUUCUACCUACCUCCCUAAAUUCUAUUUGCAGGACCUCAUCUCCCUUCUCACCCAAGUCAUUGGCAUCAACAUGGACAAUAAGCUCUCUGUUCACCCUUCUCCAGAGCAAAUGUCCUGCAGCUGUUCUGAUCGUUGAUCUUGACAUCAGGGAGGCAAUAUAGCAACCCAGCCAUAUCCAUAGCCUAGAAAUGUUUGUCUGUUCCCCUAACAAAUCCUCAAUCACUAUUGCUGUUCCUUUUUCCUCUGAACUGCUCGUGGUGCCAUAAACAUAGCUCUGAUCACAGUCCCUCAAAAAACUAGUGCCCUUAUCUGCUUCUGAAAUGGAGAACUAGUUUGUGAUUUAUUCCACAUAGGAAUUCGGAAGUUCAGGGCUUCGGAGCUUAAUCAACAGCUGGCGUCACUGUGGCAAAUCCACAAGUUAUCUGCAAGUGUGUUUGUUUAUGCAGGCAUCCUGCAAUUUAGUGGUGUAAAGGCAGAGAGAAAAUUAACUGCUAAGUAGUCAAACAGGAUUGGGAAGAUACAGCAGGAAUCCCUGGACUAUAUCUCGCUAUCCAAACCAUUAUUAAGUUCUGAAUGUUGACAAGUGAUGGUUCAUCUAGGAAAUGCAAUGGCAGUUUCACGUAGCUGUGCAGAUGGAUAUCUGGACAAGUAUAGCAGUAGAAAACGAGGAGACAUGGGAGCAGUCGUGAAUCCAGGAUAGUAUGUUGCCUCCUUCUUACCAGGAUCAAGAAUGUCACUGUAGAGCACACUGAGGGGAGGGUGAACAGAUAGAAACCAUGAUUGAUAUUGGCACAAACAAAGUAGGUAAAAAGAGGGAUGAGGUCUUGCUGCAGAUUUUUUGGGAGCUGUACCAUUACCACAUGCUACUGAGGGUAGAAAGAGGAAGUAAAAACAGAUGAAUGUGUGACUGAUGAGAUGGGGUGCAGGAGAGCAAACUUGAGAUUCCUGGAUCUGGUAGUAAUCUUCCCAUCCUCACAAGACUGCCGCCAGAGAACUGGAAAACUGCAAAUGUUACACUAUUUUUCAAACGAGUGCAGCUCUUGGGAAAAUUGUUAGAAACAAUAGUUGGGAACAAAAUUAAUAGUCACUUGGACAAAUGUAAUCUAGUUAAGAAAAAGUCAGUAUGGAUUUGUUACGGACAAAUCAAAAUGUAACAAAUUGAUGGGCUUUUUUGAUAACAUAAAGCGUUGAUGAGUCAUGUAGCAUACAUGGUUUUCCAAAAUGUUGUUAUAAAUUGCUGCAUAAGCUUGCACACAAACUAAACCCCAUGUAGUAAAUAUGACAAAAUAUUAGGUUGUGGGUUGGUUAUCUCAGUUGGCUGGAUGUCUGGUUUGCAAUGCAAAGUAAAACCAAUAGUGUGGAUUCAAAUCCCAUACCAGCUGAGGCCCUACAUUCUCAACCUCACCCCUUGCCUGAGGCAUGAUGACCUAAGCCAACCAUUCCCUAAUGAGAGAAUGGGUCUUUGGUGACUUUCAUCUUUAUGAAUUUAGCUAAAUGAUGAGAAGUAGACAUUAGUAGUGACUGAUUGGUUUUCAUACUGGAGGAAGACACAUAGUCGUGUUUGCCAGGAUUCUGUAUUAAGACUCCAAUUAAUAAAGUCUUAAUUUUUGCUGCAAUGCAGAACUCAGAAUUUCCCAUUAUUGAAGGGGUGGGACAUGGUUCAUGCAUGCCUCAUUCACACAGGCAGCUGACCAUUAAAUAAUUAUCUGUCUCUACUCAAAAUGAACUUUGGAAUUCCUGCCAUCUGGAACUCAGAAUGUGGAAAUUAAGUGAAGAAAGAACAGACCCAUCCUUAGAGAAUUUAAUUUGGAUAGCCAAGUUCCCUUGUUUGGAUAUCUACAGCCUCAUGAUAACUUGAGGACACUACCCUGAGCAACUCCUGCAACAAUCUCCUGCAGUUGAGGCGUUUUGCUUCCAGCAAUCACAACCAUCUUUCUUUCUGUGAUGCCCGACUCCUACUGAUGGUGAGGUUUCACCCCAACUCCAACUGACAUAAAUUUUGUUAAGGCUUUUUGACACUACACUCUGUCAAAUAUUGAAUUGGCAUCAUGUGCAGUGUCACUCAACUAUUUCAUGAGUUUGGCAUUUUUGUCCAUGUUUGGAUUCUACCAUAUUUUCUGGCUUGAUCCAAACAGUACUUUGUUGAGUUGUUUAUUGCCAUUUAAGUGCUACUUGAUAGCACAGUUAACAAUACAUCACAUUGCUGAUGAUCAGAAGUAGACCAUUAGGAGGUAACUGACUGGAUUGGAUUUGUCCCACAGUUUGCAGGUAGGACAUGUUAUGACAAUUUCCCACAUUGUCAGGUAUUUUUACUGAACAACUUCCUUACAGGAGUGGUUAGUUGUUUUGCAAAACUUUAACACAUCAAGAUUUUGUUGGGGUUCAUUGUUUUUGUGGGAUCCAGUGUCUUCAACUCAAAUAUGGGAAGGAAAUAGCCUCCUUAUUUGUAUCAAUGCCCCAGCUGACAAUCUUGAAAAUCACUUAGAAGCAGAGGGUGGCAAGGAAAGACAACAUAUACGAAGUGAGGUA